UAAAUUUGGUUUACCAUUUGGUCUUUUGAUUAAUUAAUCCCCGUGAUAUUCAAUAGCGGUCCAUUUUGUUUUUAUUAUUUCGAAAUUCGAACCACAUUUUCUUCGUAAUGGUCGUUUUUUCCAACUCUGGAAAACUUCGUUGCUAAGAAGUCUUCGUAUGUCGUAACGCGUCUUCUCUUAUUGUCUCUCUUAUAACUCUUCCAUUCAAAUGAAGACAACGUAAACUCUUAUUCACUCUCUUCUCUCUCCUCCUCUCUGCAACUCGGCCAUGGGGAAGAAGCUUGACGCUUUGCUUGGUCGGAGUUUCAAGACCAACAAGUUCAAGUCUCUUAUCACCUUAGCUCUCACAAGGCUCUCUAUUCUUAAGAACCAGCGUCAAGCCAGACUCUCUCAAGCCAUCUCUGAUGUCACCGAGCUUCUCAAGCUCGGCCAUCACGAGAACGCUUACCAUAGAGUCGACCAAGUCGUCAAAGACCAAAACACCCUGGACGUUCUCUUCUUCAUCCAUGGCUACUUCACUCUCUGUAUCGACCGUAUUCACCUCUUUGAACACAACAGAGAUUGUCCUGAAGAGCUUCUAGAAGCUGUUUCGGGCUUGCUUUUUGCAGCUUCUAGAAUCGGUGAAUUCCCUGAGCUUCAAGAGAUUCGUAGUGUUUUGAUUUCACGUUUUGGUAAAGAUCUCGCUGCGCGGUCUAUUGAGUUGCGCAGUAAUUGUGGGGUUGAUCCCAAAAUAAUUCAGAAGUUGUCCACAAGACAUCCACCGAAAGAAGUUAGAAUGAAGGCUUUGAAGGAGAUUGCUGCAGAGAAUAACAUUGUUCUGAAACUAGAAGAAGCUUCUACGUCCACUGAGGGAACAACACAUAUGCAGGGAACAUCAGAUGUUAGUAAGGCUAAGCUAACAAGUGAAGAUGAGAGAGGAGAAGGUUAUGGUUUAUCUGAUUCGGUCAAGAGAGGAAAGAAGAAGUACAAAGAUGUGGCUGAUGCUGCACAAGCAGCGUUUGAGUCAGCAGCUCAUGCAGCAGAGGCUGCACGAGCGGCUGUGGAGCUUUCUCAGUUUUCUCCUCGUGGACAUGACAGUCCGGGUAACAUUGGUGGGGGAAAUUCAUUUCAUGGUUCUGAAAACAAAGAAUCAGAACAAGAACAAGAAGGUAAUGAUGAUUCUUCAGAAGGGGAAGGGGAUGUGAGGUCAGAAUCUAAGAGGUCGAUGCCGGAUUCAGAAGAUAUUAUUGAUGAUCUCCCAGUGAUGUCAUUCAGAGAAGACCCUGUGAAGCUAUUGGAGAACGAUACUGUUAUCUACGAUAGUGAAGAAGAAACCCAAUCUAGUGUUGAGACUAAUACUAUUCCUAAGUCUAAAGAUGAGCCAAGUCUUAUGGUUGGUUCGAAUAGAGCUUCCAAUAGAGAGGAUACAAGACAUGUGGACCACAUGGUUCAUUCAAUUGAAGAUCCUAUUAUGCGUAAAGCAGGUUUGAAGGGUCCGGUUUCAGUCAGGACCAGACAGGUUCGUGGAUACUAAGUACAAAUAUUAUAAUUUUUCAGGUGCAUCUAUAUGGUUUAACCACUGAGUUUUGUAUUUUUCUAUGUUCUUUUUUUGCUCAAGGGUGUAAGAUUAUUUUGUUCUUUAUGGAUAUAAGCUUUCAAUGAUGUUGAACAGUUGCAUA